AUCGCUUGCUUUGGAAUUCCAUUGAAACUAUUCUCAUACACUUCGUUUAGCUGCGAAUUAACACCAGUGACGUGGAUUUCAAUUUGUUACGAGUACUAACCGUGUAAGCAUUGUUUUUUUACAUCAUCACGAGUGAUUAUUAAAUUGAGUAGUUCUCGCGUAGUUUUUAAAAAUAAAGUUUUCGUUCAAUUUUCAGGAUUCACCACAUCACUUCAGAUAUGCAACCAGAGUCAAAAACUUCACCCGAAAUCGAGUGCAUCGCCAUCUUUAAAAACACCAAAUCAACUUCUAUUUCCAAAACCACCUCGUCUGAAAGAUACUAUUGCAACACGUGCGGAAAAUCGUUCAUCAAGAAGAGUAAUCUAACCGAUCAUAUGAUCGAACACAUGUACGGCCUUCCAAUGUGUCACAUUUGCGGCCAAGUCAUCCCAAAACAGGAAUACAAAAAUCACAUAAAAUCGCACGUCAAAAACAAAGAACAAUUCGUAUGCGGAACCUGCAACGAGUACUUCCCCAGUAAAGGUAGUUUGAAACUUCAUUUCCUUCGAAAACACACCUACAAAAAGCGUAAACCCGGCUACAAGUGCUACGAAUGUGCCAAAACAUUCCACAACAAGAGCGUACUCGAGGUGCACAUCAAACAAGGACAUUUUGAAAUGAAAUCAUUCGUUUGCGAUUCGUGUCAAAAGACGUUCAAAAGUUACGCCGGAUUAAAAACCCACAUCAAGUCGCACGAUGCAGAUUUUGCCACAACAUCUUUAUACCGAUGCAAUUAUUGCGAGAAAGCUUACUCAAAUAAGUACAAGUUGAGUAUCCACGCACGUAUUCAUACCGGAGAGAAACCUCAUAAAUGUGAUCUCUGUGGUCGAUCGUUUCGUCUAAGAGCUGGUUUAAAUUUACACCUCAAGUCGCACGAUAAAUCGAGGCCGUUUGAAUGCGAAGUGUGUAAGAAAAACUUUCGCAAUAAGCAUAAUUUGAAGAUUCAUCUCAAUACUCACGAUGGGAAAUCGUAUUCGUGUCAACAGUGUGAACGAAAGUAUCGUCACAAAGAUACUCUCGUCAAACAUAUCGAAAAAUGUCAUACAGCAGUGAAUUGUGCCGAUUGUGGCGAAAGGGCAGAAGAUGCUGCGGAAAUGAAGGCACAUAUGAAGACGCAUCAUAAAAGCUAUCUCAGACGAAAGGAAACUCCUCCUGAGCAAGUUAAUACGAUGAACGAGGCUUUCAUUAGUUAUCAAAUUAAACCUUGUUGCGUUUCUUUGACUCGAAUUGAUGUGGUCUGAUUGUGACUCGAUGUCUUAUAAAUGUUUUGAGAUUUUUUCA